AUGGAUAAAAUAAAAGGGAGUACAAAUGAUUAUCCCCAAUAUAAAUUGAUCAAACUUAUCGGAAAAGGAACAUUUGGAAAGGUCUAUUAUGCAAUAGACUUAACUACUCAAGAACCAGUUGCCAUUAAAAGGUCGCCAAAAUGGAGAAACAAAGUUUCUAGAGAAGUUGAAUUACUAAAAAAAAUGAAUUACAGUAAAAAUAUCGUAAAUACGAAAUCGAUUUUUUAUACAACAACAGAAAAAGGGUUUCGAAUCCAAAAUAUCGUUUUUAAAUAUAUGACAUAUAGCUUAGGAAAAUUUAUAAGACUAAAAAAACAAGAAAAAAGGGAAAAUAAAUAUGAACGAAUUCCCCCAGAUAGCUUGAAAACAAUAAUAUACCAAAUAUGUUUAGGAAUAAAAAAUUUACACGAGCAUAGCGUUGCUCAUAGAGAUUUAAAACCGGACAAUAUAUUAAUCAAUUUGGAUACCCCUGAUAUUAAUGUCGAAAUAUGUGACUUAGGAUCUGCUAAAAAAGUUGAAAAAAAUAUUAUUUCUAUCCCUUAUAUUUGCUCAAGAUGGUAUAGGGCACCGGAAUUGCUUUGUGGCUCCAUGUAUUAUACGACAGAUGUGGACCUAUGGUCGUUGGGUUGUAUAAUUUUUGAGCUAAUCAAUUUAUGUCCCUUAUUUCCUGGAAAGUUCAAGAAAGACGAAUAUUCAGAAGAAUGCUCCCAAAUAAUAAAUUUGAUUGAAGUCUUAGGAUCACCUAAUAUAAAUUUUUACGAAAAUAUAAAGGAUUAUACUAGCUCCAAAAAUACACAACUAAUAAAAGAGCUAUGCGAAUUAGAUAUCCCAUCUUUAUCAUGGAGUCAGAUUCUAGGAAACAUUUUAGAGAAAGAAGAAAGAGAUUUAAUAGACAUAAUAGAUGGGCUUUUAAAAUGGGAUCCAAAUGAAAGAUUAAAAAUUGAUGAAGUCUUAGAUAAUUCUUACUUUUCUACAUUACAUAUAUAA